AUGCCUAACGUAUCCUUUGACAUCUUCUUUGACAAGGACUUUAUCAACGUCACCGCCACUCGAGGCUACAGAGCUCCCAAGGCCAAACCAGAGUGGAAAGUCCGAACUCUGCCCAAGCUACCUCCCAAGGCAGAGCCCGAAGACCCCAGCCGUACCCCUCGACCGCUGCCCAGAGACAAGUUGGUGCACAGCCGUCAGUCCUUGGCCCCGCAAAAGCAACUGGGACAAGCCACUGCCUCCGAUAGAGCUGACGAGGCUGACAAGACUGAGAAGGCUGAAACCUCCCCUCCCAGCUCACAAGCCGGUGACAAGUCUAAGAGAAAGCCUCCUAAGCUCGGUCCUAAGAAGUCGACCACUACUUCCUAA